GGGUAACGGACCGUUGGAGCGAUUGAAAUUCAUCCCGUGGCUAUGGCGGCCACGGAGUUUGUGGACUACUAUGACUUGUUGGGCUGUGCCCCGGAUUCCACGUUGGCGGAGAUCAAACAGGGCUACCACGAGAAGCUGCGCGAGUUUCAUCCUGACAAGCGGCCCAACAGCCAGGAGGGCCGGGGCAAGAAGAUCACCGCGCAGCUGAACGAAGCGUGGGAGAUUCUGAAGGACGAGCGACGGCGCGAGGACUACGACCGUCAGUGGCUCAAGGCGCGCCCCCCCGCCUUCGAUGCCGCCUUCCCCGCCAUGCCGCGCCGGGGUCCGCCGACCACGGCGGACGAGUGCCGCCGCGUCGGCAACGAUUUGUACCGCGCAGCGGCGGCCCUGGCGCAGAGCCACACGACGGAUGUGGAGGGCAUCACCUUUGGAGCUGAAGGUAUGGACUGGGCCAAGCAAGUCAUGGAAAAGUACCAAGCAGCCAUUGACGUCUACACUAAAGGCCUUGGCUAUGCAGCAGAUGAUCAUCGACUGCUGAACAACCGAGCGUUGUGCUAUGCAGCCCUAAAGAUGUGGCCCAAAUGCAAGGAAGAUGCUUUCAGAGUCACCCGUCUGAAGCCGGACUUCAAAAAGGGCUGGUUUUUGCUGGCCAAGGCCCUCUGGAAGGAGGGUCACUUGGACGAGGCCAAGCUGGAGCUGGAAUCUGCGGUGAAGCAGGUGGCAGAUGCGGCGGAUCUGCAUGAGCUGCUGAUUGAGAUUCAGCACGCGCUGAACGAGUCGACUGCAGGCCAUUUGCCAGCUAUCUCCUUGCGCCGGCAGAGCAUGAGUAGAAGCGUCUCCCCCGUGGCCACGCCCCCCGCCGCCGCCGCGGCACGCCCGGUGCAGCCGCCGCCGAUAACGACAGUUGGUUUUGUGAAGGAUUUGCAGGGCUCGCUGGAUGCAUUGUCGGCGCUGUCUGCGACGCGGCGGUGUAAGAGCAACUGGCGAUUCCCAAGGACAGGCCUGGAGAACAGCAUGGGAGGUCUUGAAGGCACGGCACGCUUUGGUGAAAGCACCGCUGACUUCGGAGAGAAGUUGAAGUAUUUGAGCCGCACAGGAAAUGGCGUUUUUGGAAAGAAAGAGGCGAAGACCCUUUGGGACUUGGCUCAGCGUGCUGCAUUGGCAGCACAGGAGACCCUGAGGUGA